UUUCUCUCUGCUUUCCCUAUCUCUGCAUUCUCUGCUUCAAAUUCUUUCUAUAUUCUCCUCAUUAUCCAUCUUCAUGCUUCGGUUAAGGUUGUUUCUGCAAGAAAGCUACAAGGGGAACAUUGCAACUGGCUUUCGCUCAUUAUGUACAGUGAAGAUGGAUCCAACAGGAAACCACAAUCCAGAAAACAAACGUCUCGUUUUGUACCAAAACGUCGUCGUUAUGAGGCACGGCGACCGCAUCGACAAUUUCGACCCUUCCUGGGUUUCCACGGCGCCGCGGCCAUGGGAUCCGCCCCUGGUUCAAGCCGGUAAGGUUCGGGCCUUCCAAACCGGCAAUAGGCUCCGACAGGGUGUCGGAUUCUCAAUCAACCGGGUCUUUGUGUCUCCGUUCCUCCGCUGCGUUCAGACUGCUGCUGAAGCCGCCAUCGCUAUCUCUGCUGUUGACGAAGGUCCCGUCGCCGUCACCGGUGAAGGCGUUCCUAUUGAUCCUUCGAAAGUCAAGGUCUCUGUUGAGUAUGGACUAUCUGAAAUGAUGAAUAGCGAGGCUAUCCGCAACAAUGUUGCUCCUAAAGAUGGAAAUUGGGGUUUUGAUGUAUCAGAGCGUGAAGCCUUGCUCCCAGCUGGGACAGUGGAUAGUAAUGCUGAAAAGGUUUAUAAAAAGUUGCCCCAGUGGGAAGAGCCAGUUCUUGAAACAAGGGCUAGGUAUCACAAAACAAUCAAGGAGCUUGCAGAUAAAUAUCCUACUGAGAACUUGCUGUUUGUUACACAUGGAGAAGGAGUUGCUGUGGCUCUUACUACGUUCAAAAAGGAUGCUGCAGUAAAUGAAGUGCAGUACUGUGGAUAUGUAGAAUUUAGACGUCCAAUUUACCAAGAAGAUCACACAUUUACUAGUGGAGACUUCGAUUUACUUACUCAGAGUGGUCAAACUGGUGUGACCUAUUUCACUUCCUCCCAACAAGGCCUUUGAGUGAAGAAAGAUAUCAACCAAAAACUGAUCAGGAAUUUCAAGUUUAUGAGCUUUUACUUUGGAGUUUGAAGAAAUAACUUUGUUGUGGACACAAUGCAAUUAAUGAAUAAUAUGGAAAGUGGGGUUUAAAAUGUUGGGAUAAUAUUUAUUAUUCUUUUAUGCAAAAUUAUUUAUAAAUUUGUCUUUUUUGUUUGUUGUAAA